UAGGAAGUGGAAGCUAACGACAAGCAGCAGCAGCAGCAACGGCGGUGACCAGAAAACGCAACACAUCGACAGAAGCCGUGAAAUCUCCUAAGUCUCUACCUCGACGUUUCACCGCAGAUAUAUUACCCAUUCGCAGAGGAAAUACAGCAAUAACUUGGCCGCAGUCAUGUACUCGAAGGCGUUGUUUUUCGCUGUAGUUUUCGCCUUGGUUGGCGCAUCAGCCGCAACAGACUCAGAUGGAUGUUCCAAUCAGACAUGUACCCAAUGUGAGACCCAGACGGGCUGCGAGUGGGUCACUUGUGGAACAUCGUUGCCUAGUUGUCGCAAUAUGACUCUCCUUGGAGUCAACGAGAACUGUACCAACACCAACUGCUCAGAGCCCCCACCCAUCACUACCGCUGCUUCUUCGACUGCCCCCCUUGCAUCUACAACUGCUUCUACCCCUAUUGUCACCACUACCUCUAACAGCAACACUUCUGAACCCACCACAGAAAACCAGAACAUUACCACUGCUGUUCCCACUCAGACCCAUAACUCUACUACUACUACUACUACUACUGCAGCUCCUUCAAAUGGAACAACUAUUUCACCGCUCACUCCAACCACUGCCCCUCACAAGAACUCAACCUUCGACGCUGCAAGUUUCAUCGGCGGGAUAGUGCUCGUCCUAGGUGUGCAGGCCGUCAUCUUCUUCCUCUACAAGUUCUGCAAGUCCAAGGACCGCAACUACCACACUCUUUGAAGUCGCUGCACUUUUGGAUCCACAUUACUCGACUCUUUCCGACCAACUAGAACCUUCCUGAGAAGAAUCCCCACUCAUCACGAUGGACUCAAACAGUGUUUUCAAGCAGGUUUCCUUGAUCUUUGAUGUUUGCACCACUUGUAGUUUUGGCUUGCAUUAGCGCUGCUGUUGCAGUCUGUAGUAAAGCACCCAUGCAUGCUUGUAUGUAUCACUUUGCAUCAACAUUUGUACUAGUAUACUCAAUAUGGCAUUUGAGCGCUGAGCAUAUCAAAUACAUCAUCUGGUAGCUACGCCUACCCACAUCAUGCCAUUAGUCAUUCUGCACAUUUUCCAGAGAACUGAGGAGGUUUAUGUUAUUUACAGCCCCUCUGCUCUUGGCAUCCUGAAUUAAAUACACCACAUGCCAGUUGAAGGAUUAGUCGUGUAUACAGAGUAGCUUACUUCCUUGUUGAUGUUUCUGGAGUAGUAUAGCUGCAAAGUGGUAGCAUUUACAGCAUUUUUGAUUUGGAAACACUGUUUGAGUUCACAGCUAAACACGAUGAUGAUUCAGCGUUGCUUUUAGCCUGUUGAAGCAUAGGCAGGUUCCCUCUCACUCUUUCAGUGGUAUAAUGUAUAUGUGCUGAAAUGUAACGUAAAGAAAAAAAAAUAAGGCUGGGCAUAAAAGCAACACCCAAUCAUCCAAUGUCGGACUGAAAAAGUAGUGAUUCUUGACGUAAACAGUCUGUUUUGAUGGGUGUCUCCCUUGACAUUUAGCAGAACUGGGUACUUUCCACUUCCCUGGGGAAAUCUUUCACCCAAUACUAGUUGUAAAAAUGUCAAACAACUGCCAGUAGAGCAGCUCAAUGCAAUAAAUCAUACAUCAAGUUCAUUUCCCAUCAUUUAACCUCCCAACAUUUCCUUUCCGGCAUCAAUUCUGACCCGCUGGUGUUGCCGACAUUUAGCUGAGGCCCCUUCAAAUGGGGCCCAUGGGUCAAAAUGAAAGAUUGUAGAAUAUUUCACGUAUGAAUAAUUAACUUGUUUUAAAUAAUGUAUAAAACAGUGAAUGGAGGAUAAAAACAAUAGCAUGCACCUUCUUGAUGUGGACAGUGAUAGCGGUGAAGUGCCUUUAACGUCCAGUAUGACUUAAAGAGAGAAGUGGAAGGCAGUUUUCUUCCUGAGAUCCAAGUGUUGUCAGUAGUUUGUUUGUAGACUCUUGAGAGAAACUGUAUCGCGGUGCUGAUAUUGGUGAACAGUGAGAACCAGCUGGACUGAGGAGCCUUUUAUUGAAGAACUCAGUAGAUAGUUGUCAUUCAAGGGCCGAGAUUACAGACUUUUUAAAAAUAUAUAUUUUAAGUGGAGGACUAUGUUCAGUUGCAUGAAACCUAUUGUCUUCUCACUGGUGUAUAAAUAAUUUAUAGGUACUCUUCCUUUUGUAGCACCUCAUACAGCUCCCAGAUUUCCUCCUAUCUAACUAUUUAUGUUGGAUUAGUUGUAAAUUGUGUUGCCUUUAGACAUAAACGGUGAGCUGGCAGGAAAUUUGGGGCACUGUCGUGUGCUGCGAUUAAAAUCUGGAGGGUGUACCUUGAUGAGACAAAGAUGGAGGCUGGGGUUUAUGUUAAAUGACAUGAGUAUUCAGAUAGAGGUAGUCGUGUUUGAGUGCUGGUUUGGUCAAUUGAGCAAUGCACCUCUAAUUUCUGAGAGGAUUGUGAAAAACAUGCAGAACCACAGCGAAUAAGUGGCCACGCUAGAGCUCAUGUCAAGUUCUUUAAGUAGCUUGCUGCUAACUUGUGUGAUUUGUUUCUUCAUUGGACCCUCCUGUAAAUAGCCAUGUUCUGUUUUUCUUGAGGUUUGAACUUGAGGAACGGCUAAAUGAAGGAGUGUUGAUCACCUUUUUUGCUUGUAGCAGCUUGUCAGUGUCAAGAAUGCUUGGUUUAAUGCCUUUUUUCUUUAUAAUUGCAUGCUGGAUGCUUGGAGCUGUGAUUUUUCGUCCAUUGCAUAUGCUCUUAAGGAUUUAGACACUUAUUAAACCACUUGAUUAUGUGUUCCUAUCCAUUAAGCUAGUUGAAAGAAUGCCUUGAAACAGUGUGCAUUAAGCCAAAGUCCUCAGUCUUGGCAUGGAAAUUGAGCAUUGCACUGACAAGCUUUGUUUUGUAACUUUUGUCUUUGUAAAUGUUUUCAUGGUUCUGCCAAAAACACAAAAAAAAAUCACAAGCUUGUAUAAAUAGUCUUGAAUAUUUGCUAGAUAAUGGAUGAAUAAUCACUUUGUUUUGUAUGACCACAAACCAUAAGUAAUUCAUGUUUGCAAAUUUUUGUUUUUUGGCUUGGUUAAUUUAAGAUGCCAUGUUUUCUGCUGCUCACAAUUAACAUGCCUUUCACCCCACAGUCACCUGGUGGCAUUAGGCUACAGCCCAAAGAUCCAAUUAUGGCGAGUAGGCUUCAGAGUUCUGCCUUAGCUGCAACUGUCUCCUCACGCUCUGCACGCUGAGUCCCCCCUCACCUAAAUUUAGAGCCACAUUUGAGGUUCAUCCACUGGUACUAGACCACUGGAUGCAGCCUGAUAGCUCUCGGCUUUGGACGUAGUAGCUGCAUUCCUUAAGUACGCAGCAUCACAUGUUGACAUUGUGGUGUGACAAAAACACCUCUGGUAUCCAUAGAUACCAAUAGACGUCCAUUGUAUUGCAUCUCUGCAGCUCAUCCUGCAAGUUACUAACUCAGUCCCUGCACCAGUUAAGGAAAAGUGCCUUAUUCAGUUGAUAUAAAGUUGUAGAUUGUAAAAUGGUAUGCCACACCUAUUAUGUAUUAAUGGGACUCAGCACUUUCAAACCCCGGUGAAGUGGUUUUAUGUGUUGUAUUCCGCUUCAACGUCUGGUUUUUGUCACGCUCAGCCUUAACUUCUUGAUCAAACCCACUGAUCAUUUGUAAGUGAUAAGCUGUCCAGGCAUAAACCAAGCUAAACUCCACACAUACAACAGCGCUUUAAUCCCUACAUUACGACCAAUCACAAUACAAUCAUCCAAUUUCUGCUAAAAUAAUGAAACAGCUCUUAAAUGGGUUGAAUUGGAUAACUUGCUCGUUUUUGUCUGGGCAGCAUUUCACCAGCUUGUUGUUACAAAACUCCUCACUGGUAAUGUUUUAACCACAGUCGCAGACCUCUAGUGUUACUUAUUGCAACAUUUCCUUUGUAAUGCAAACAGUACAUGAUGACUUGAACUUCUCUUUGGUUGUCGUUUUCACAAUCAACAUUUUGCCUGGUCACAUACAGCUCAACUGUCAGUUUUCAGUCUCGCGGUGUUCAAUUACAAGAGCGACAAGUAAAAAAGCUUUUUUGAUUCCCUUCUCUUGCCUUUUUGGCAUCAUUCCUGUGUGCUCAUAUACCGGUGCCAUAUCUUUUUUCCUCCCCUUAAAAGCCAUCACUCUUGUAGGUACGAUAACUUAGCUUUGCUCUCACCCACUUUGACAUUCACCCACACACACACAGCCAUGUGUAGACACAGGUAUCACAAUGUCUCCUCCUGAGAUAUAUAUUUUUUUGCAUAUUUUGUGCCCCCUUUUUCCUUGAGAUCUUUCAUUUGUUGCCUUGGUUUUUUUAGUGUUGCCUUUAGUUUCACAAUGUUAAACCAUUAAAGUUUGAAUAUUGUUAAACAAA